AAGGCACCUAAAUCCUAAAACAUAAACAGCUGGUUCAACUAAUAAUAAUGUGUUUGUGAUUUGGGUUAAUUUAUGUAGUUUCACAUCUUUUUCCUAAUGUGGGUCCAUUCUUUUCUCUUCCUCUCCUUCUGAAAAUGACAGGCUAAUCAACAGCCUGGAAAGGGCUGGUAUUCUGGUUAGCUCAAUUUUUGCUCACUUUAGCAUAGUUUUCAAUUUUCAUGCUAGUUGUUGUUGUUGUUGCUAUAUUUUUUCUUUGUGCCAUUGAUGUUUUCUCAAUUGGGCACUUCACUUGUUUUUUCUUUUUAACUCUUUUUCUCUCUCCUCCACAAAGUUGUAAUAAGCUCAUUGAAACAAAAGAGGUAAGAGCUGCAACAAAGUUUUCAACUUUAAAUGCAUCAGCUCUACUUGUAUACUUCAGCAUAAUUUAACUCCCAUAUUUCUUAUUGCAAAUUGCAAUUAUCUUGUUUUGCUAAUUUGGGUUGAUAUUGUUUUGUACAUUCUAUGUUGUAAGCUCUUUUAGUUGCGGCAUUAUUAUUAAUAGAUCUGAAGGUGUUCGAGGAAAUGUCUCAGUGAAUAGAAGUUGCUCCCUAACUUGGGUUUUGUGUAAUUUUGGAUAUUACAAGGUUAAAUUUGAUUUUGGGUAUUGAAUUGUUUUAGGGAAUUUCUUGGUUCAGUUGGAGAUAGUAAAGAUGAAGAUUGUGAAAUGGGUGUUUUUGUUUAUAGCUCUUAUUCUAUUUGGGUUGUUCAUUUGUAGCUCAAAUGCAUCCUUUAUUCCUGCUGAUUCUUACUUGUUAACUUGUGGGUCUAAACAGAAUAUCAGUUUUCAAGGUCAGACUUAUCUUCCUGAUUUAGAGCAUUCCUCUGUAAAACUCAAUAGUCAAGCCAAUUCUUUUGUUGCUACCUACAAUUCUAGUGCUCCCUUCCCUAUUUACCAAUCUGCUAGAAUUUUUACCCGUAGUGUGUCGUAUGAAUUCGAUAUCAAGCAGAAAGGGCAUCAUUGGGUUCGACUCUAUUUCUAUCCGAUCCCAAAUUCUGGACAUGACUUGAAGUCAGCAUCCCUUACUGUUGUUACUGAAAACUUUGUACUCCUAAAUAACUUCACAUUUGAGAACUACAAGGGUUCUUAUAUGUGGAGGGAGUUUGUUAUCAAUGUAGAUUCGGAUUCGUUAAGCCUCACCUUUAUUCCUUCAAACAAUUCAGUUGCAUUUGUGAAUGCGAUUGAAGUUGUGUCCAUCCCAGUUGAAUUGCUCCCGGACCAGGCUUUGUCCUUGCCAUCAACAGCUGUUAGUGGGAUUUCAGAGCUGGCACUUGAGACUGUGUAUAGACUGAAUAUGGGCGGUCCAUUGCUUACUGCUCGAAAUGAUACCCUAGGCAGAAUUUGGCAGAAUGAUGUGCAAUAUCUUCAUGUGAAUAGCUCUGCUGCAAAUUUUUCUAUCAGCCCUUCAACCAUCAAGUAUCCAGCUACAGUUUCUCCUGAAACAGCACCAAACUGGGUGUAUGCCACGGUUGAAAGUAUGGGAGAUGCAAAUGUGGCAGAUAGUAACUUCAACGUAACAUGGGUUUUGAAUGUGGAUCCAGAUUUCACCUACUUCCUAAGGGUUCAUUUUUGUGAUAUUGUCAGCAAGUCUCUGAAUUCUCUUGUUUUCAAUAUGUACAUCAACUCAGAUGUUUGGCCAAGUGUAGAUCUCUCAUCCUUGACUGGGGGCCUUGCCGUGCCUUACUACAAAGACUUCGUCGCGAAUUCGUCGGACUCAGGUGUCUUGACGAUAAGUAUUGGUCCAGAUGCUGCAGCUGAUGCUGAUAAUGCUAUCAUGAACGGUCUGGAGAUUAUGAAGAUGAGCAAUGAAGCAAGAAGCUUGGACGGAGUUUCUCCUGUUGAACAUCUACUUCCUCCUAGAGCAACGAAAACCAAACAUACUGCAAUAAUAAUUGGUUCAGCUAUAGGUGUCGUGGCUGUUGCGGUGAUGAUAGUCCUCUUUUAUUGCUGCUUUGUUUGUGGCAAGUCAAAGACUCCUCAACAACCACAUUCAUGGUUGCCUUUGCCAUUGUAUGGAAACUCCCUGACGUUGACAAAAAUGUCUACUGUUUCCCAAAAGAGUGGCACUGCUAGCUGCAUAUCAUUGACUUCCACCAAUCUUGGUCGAUUCUUCUCUUUCCAGGAGAUCAUGGAUGCGACUAAUAAGUUUGAUGAGAGCUCACUUCUUGGAGUAGGCGGGUUUGGAAGAGUUUACAAGGGAACACUGGAAGAUGGGACCAAAGUUGCUGUCAAAAGAGGAAAUCCAAGAUCUGAACAAGGUAUAGCCGAAUUCAGAACUGAAAUUGAGAUGUUGUCUAAGCUAAGACAUCGCCAUCUUGUCUCCCUAAUUGGGUACUGUGAUGAGCGGUCUGAGAUGAUAUUGGUAUAUGAAUACAUGGCCAAUGGACCUCUCAGGAGCCAUCUUUAUGGCACGGACCUUCCACAUCUCUCUUGGAAACAGCGGCUUGAAAUAUGCAUUGGGGCUGCUAGGGGACUUCAUUAUCUCCACACUGGUGCAACUCAGAGUAUUAUACACAGAGAUGUGAAGACAACAAAUAUCCUCUUGGAUGAGAAUUUCGUGGCUAAGGUGGCUGAUUUUGGCCUCUCAAAAACAGGACCUGCUAUUGAUCAGACCCAUGUUAGCACGGCUGUUAAGGGAAGUUUUGGGUACCUUGAUCCGGAGUACUUUAGAAGGCAACAAUUGACUGAGAAGUCAGAUGUGUAUUCAUUUGGAGUGGUUUUGAUGGAAGUUCUCUGCACUAGACCUGCUUUGAACCCUGUGCUCCCCAGGGAGCAAGUCAAUAUUGCAGAAUGGGCAAUGACCUGGCAAAAGAAGGGCAUGCUCGAUCAGAUUAUGGACUCAAAUCUUGUGGGGAAGGUGAAUUCCGCUUCACUGAAAAAGUUUGGGGACACAGCAGAGAAGUGCUUGGCAGAAUAUGGAGCUGAUAGGCCAUCCAUGGGAGACGUCUUGUGGAAUCUCGAAUAUGCUCUUCAGCUAGAGGAGAUGUCAUCUGCUCUUGCUGAACCUGAAGAUAACAGCACGAAUCAUAUUCAAGGUUUACCAUUGACAACACUUGAGCAAUUUGACAAUAGUGUUAGCAUGAUAAAUGGAGGUCACCCUGCUAAUGAUGAUGAUGCGGAGGAUGCUGCAACAAGUGCCGUCUUUUCUCAGUUAGUAAAUCCACGUGGAAGAUGAAAAGAAUGAUUGCUAUUUGAUGAUACUCUAGGACAUUUGGUUGCCCCAUCCAGAGAUAAUAUAAGAAGGUUAAGUUCAAUUUGAUUGUUCUUUGUUGGCUUCAUCUUUUACGGUUUUACCUAUUUCAAUUUGUAAUAUAGUGAAGGAAAGAAUAUGAUGAAGCACAUCGAAUACUGUCUCCAAGAUACCUAUAGGAAGCCUAUUGCUUUCUCUUUGUUCUUAUAUGUUCUGAAUUUUGCUUUCCAUUUUGUAUUACACUUCUUACAGAUAUUCAUAUAUGUAAUGGAUUCACCAAACACUUGUUCUAAAAUGCAGAAAAUAAAUAAUAGCUUCUGCAAUUAUCAGCAGUUAAUGA